GUUUUCGCAGUCUCCCCCCUCGGAAACACCUGUGCCCGCUCGCCCGCUCGCUUACCCAGCAAGCUUUCCCCACCUUCCCCCGCCCCGUCCCCUCCUCCUGGCGGUGGCGACGCGAUCACGACACGGAGACUUUCUGUCACCCCUCCCCGCCGAUCACCGUCGCUCCACGCGCCCUGCAGCCAGCCAGAUAAAAGCCUGGGGGUGGGGAGACUCGGAGCCCCUGGCCGAGCAGGGGGUUGCGAGUCGCGGAGAUGAAGAACCUGUUCAAGAGCAAGAUCAAGUGGCAGCACCGGUCCAACGACCCCGCCUCCUCGUCGCAGCCGCAGUCGUCGGCGACCUCGCCGGCGAGCUCCCCGUCGGGGACGGCUCCGGCGCCCGCGUUGUCCUCCGCCGCGGCGACGCCGACGGCCUCCGCCCCGUCCCCUUCCGCCCCGGUGGCGACGACGCCCAUGGCGGGGGUUGGUGGUGGAGGGGGAGGCGCAGCGGGCGGGGACGACUACAUGUACUCGGAGGAGGAGUUCCAGAUGCAGCUGGCCAUGGCGCUGUCGGCGUCCAACAGCGACUGCGCGGGGGACCGGGACAGGGACCAGAUCAGGGACGCCAAGCUCAUGAGCCUCGGCGGGGGCGACCGCUUCGCCGCCGGCCGGGACGACGGCCACACCGCCGACUCGCUCUCCCGCCGAUACUGGGACUACAACUGCCUCGAUUAUCAUGAGAAAGUUGUCGAUGGUUUCUACGACAUAUUUGACCCCUCCAUGGAGUCCUCUAGGCAGGGGAAGAUGCCAUCACUAGAAGACCUUCAAACAGGCAUUGGGGACCUGGGCUUUGAAGUCAUCGUAAUCAACCGUGCAGUUGAUACUGCCUUGCAGGAGAUGGAGCAAGUGGCGCAAUGCAUCUUGUUGGACUUCCCUGUUGCAAAUAUUACACUCCUAGUGCAAAGGAUAGCUGAUCUUGUUACAGAUAAUCUAGGUGGACCUGUGAAAGAUGCAAAUGCUAUGCUUGCAAGGUGGUUGGAGACAAGUACUCAGCUGAGAACCUCACUACAUACUAGCUUGCUGCCAAUUGGCUGCAUUAAAUUAGGGUUGUCUCGUCACCGUGCCCUACUUUUCAAGAUUCUUGCUGAUAGUGUUGGCAUUCCAUGCAAACUUGUCAAAGGGAGUAAUUACACUGGUGAUGAGGAUGAUGCUGUUAACAUAAUAAAGGUGGACAAAGAAAGGGAGUUUUUGGUAGAUCUGAUGGCUGCUCCUGGUGCUCUUAUUCCAGCAGAUGUCUUAAGUUGGAAGGGCAGUUCGUCAAAUUCUAACCAUAAACUUGGCCAGAAAUCUGGACUGAAUCAAAUGGCUGGGUCAUCAAGUACCAUUUAUCCUACUCUGGGUGCCAAUGCAUUGCCACUUGAACAUAAAGGUAACCAGCUACCUUUGUUAAACAGCGGUGAUUGGAUAUCGGCCAGUCAAUCUGGAUACGAGAAAGAGGCGGCCAUAACACAUUCACAAACCUCUUCCAGUGGUACACCAUCUGUUACUGCUGCAGAUGUUUUUGAUGGUUCUUGGACAUUAGUUCCUCAUGCGCAAUCGGACGAGCCGUCUACUUCUGCUGGUACAUCGUCACAGCAUAAAGUUGUACCCCCAGGUGGAGAACAUCCUGGGGCCGGGAAUAUAAAACUAAGCCCAGGUCACCAGGAAAAUACAGAGUCCAAUAACCUAUUUGCUGAGCUUAAUCCUUUUGGGCGUAUUGAGCCAAAGAAAGCUUCAGUACCAUUCAACGGGCCAGAUAAUAGAAACAACGAGUUACAAAGGCGUAGAGAAAAUGUAGUCCCUAGCACUGGAAGGCCACAGCAAAGAUUGGUUAUGAAAAACUGGUCCCCUUACAAUGAUGUUUCCAACAACAAGCAGUACAACUAUGUUCAGGACUCAUUUGCACGUAGAAAUGUUGGUGAUAAUGUUGUAUCAUCGCCGCAGGUGCCACGAUCUGCUGCAAAUAAUAUUAAUCUUAAUAUUGGAGCACGCAAUGAUGGAUCACAUGCAGUGUCAGCUCACAAUAAUGACAGUUUUAUGGCUGGUUCCUCUGCCAUGAAGAUGCCUUCUGCAGCUGAGAUUGGGAAGGCUGCUGAAAUGGCUAUGCGUGGUGAUUUGAGCAAAGGUCCUACAGGUUCUAGACUGGAGGAUCAACCACCAUUUGGAAGACAAAAAUGGGGUGAUUCUACUGAACGAAGGGUUCCGACUAAUUCAGUUCAGAACCAAGCAAAAGAACGUGAAACUAACUUCGACGGAAAGCAAGACCAUAAGAAGUUGCCUCCUGAUCCAAAGAAAUCUCCACUUGACAGAUUCAUGGACGUGUCGAUGCCAUCAAGAAAUUCAGAAUCUGUUUCACCAUCCUCUGCCAGGUCACACAGGCUUGAUUGCGUGUUCGAUGAUGUUUCUGAAUGUGAAAUUCUCUGGGAAGAUCUUGUGAUUGGUGAACGGAUUGGCUUAGGUUCAUAUGGUGAGGUAUACCGUGCUGAUUGGAAUGGAACAGAAGUAGCUGUGAAGAAAUUCUUGGAUCAAGAUUUCUAUGGCGAUGCUUUGGAUGAAUUUCGAAGUGAAGUGCGGAUUAUGCGUCGACUGCGUCAUCCAAAUAUCGUUCUCUUUAUGGGUGCUGUUACACGCCCUCCAAACUUAUCUAUUGUAUCUGAGUAUCUUCCAAGGGGAAGUUUAUAUAAGAUCCUUCACCGUCCUGGCUGCCAAAUUGACGAGAAGCGUAGGAUUAAGAUGGCCAUUGAUGUGGCCAAGGGCAUGAAUUGCCUGCACACUAGUGUACCAACAAUUGUUCACCGGGAUCUUAAAUCACCUAACUUGCUGGUCGACAAUAAUUGGAGUGUCAAGGUUUGUGAUUUUGGACUUUCACGCUUGAAGCACAGCACAUUUUUAUCAUCCAAAUCAACUGCUGGAACUCCUGAGUGGAUGGCACCUGAGGUCUUGCGGAAUGAGCAGUCAAAUGAAAAGUGCGAUGUCUACAGCUUUGGCGUCAUCUUGUGGGAGCUGGCAACACUAAGAAUGCCGUGGGGUGGGAUGAACCCGAUGCAAGUCGUGGGAGCGGUUGGCUUCCAGGACCGAAGGCUUGAUAUCCCCAAGGAAAUCGAUCCUCUAGUCGCUAGGAUCAUAUGGGAGUGCUGGCAGAAGGAUCCGAAUCUGCGCCCUUCAUUUGCGCAGUUAACAACUGCUCUGAAGACGGUCCAAAGGCUUGUCGGCCCCUCUCCUCCGGAGACGCAGAGCCCCCCUGUGCCCCAAGAGAUCUGGGUGAACUCCUCUACCCCAUGACAGAGGAGAGUUAUCGAGGAAUUCGUUCGUUGCUGCGGCCUGCAAAUGUGAGCGCGUUGUGUAUAGUUUGAGCGCCCCAGCCCAGAUGUGGUAGGCAUGUCCUGCUGCCGCAGCAACGGUCCAGUGGCAGCCAUAGAGUAUUUACUUACUUACAGAGUCGCCCAUGAGGCAACGGUCGGCAGAAGAGAAGAGACCCGCGUUUCGUCUUUCCCGUUGCGUGUGACAACCGGGUGUGAGCCCUCCAGGAAGCUGGUGGAUCAGUUAAAUUAGUAUGUACUCCCUCUGUUACGAAACAUAUGACGUUUAAGCAAUUCAAUUUGAACUGCUUAAACGUCAUAUAUUUCAUAACAGAGGGAGUAGUAUAUCUGGCUGUGCUUACUAGUGGAUCAGUUAAAUUAGUCGCAAUGUGCUUGUAAAAGAUAUAGUACACCUGUUCUGUUCAUGUUGCUGUCUCGGGCUGUCGUCCACCGGCACUGACUGUUAUACAUCCGUUAGCUUCUGCAGCCCUGAA